CGUUUCAUCGUAUCUUAUAGUUUUUGCUUUAAGGUUUCUUCCAGUGUCUGUCUGACGUGUACAAAAAUCAAAGUGCACGAUCAUCAAUAGGUUAGAUUGUAACAUCAAAUCAAACAUUUUUUUAUUACUAAGAAAUCGUAUAAUCAUGCUCGACUUAUUUACUAUAUUCAGUAAAGGUGGUAUUGUUCUAUGGUGUUUCCAAAGCACCUCGCAAAUAUUUGCUCCUAGUGUUAACGCACUAAUACGAAGUGUCAUAUUGCAAGAACGUACGGGAAAUCAUACCUUUGAAUACGAUUCCUUACGCUUGCAGUAUAAACUCGAUAACGAGUUUGAGCUAGUGUUUGUUGUUGCAUAUCAAAAAAUACUACAAUUGUCGUAUGUAGACAAAUUUUUAAACGACAUCCACUUAGAAUUUAGAGAUAGAUUCAAAAAUGAAUUGGAGAACUCUAAGUGGUUUUACAAUUUCGAAUUUCAAAAUAAUUAUGAGCAUGUACUUGCUAUGGCUGAACAAUGGGCACGAACUCAGGCUAAGAUACCUAAACAAAUGCGUACUUUUGAUGAAAGUCAAAAAUCAAAAAAGACUGUUGCUAGUAUGAUUGAACGGAAAGAUGACAAAGAUAAUAAAAAGCAGGGUAAAAGGAAGACGGGAGUUAGUACUAAUAGAGAUGAUCAAAUGAAAAUUCAAGAGGUCCCUAAACAGGAUUUGUCAAACAAUCAAGUAAAUCAUAACGGAGAAAUGGAUGAAGAAGUUUUAAUCGCAAAUCGUAUGAAAUUGGCUCAAAAAAUGAAUAAUCAAAAGAAAAAAGCUGAUAAACAAAAAAGCCAAAAACCUGAGAAAGCUGGCAAGAAACCCCGCGUGUGGGAAUUAGGUGGGACUAUCAAAGAUCUUGCUGCUUUGGAACGCACCAAAGAUAAACCAGAAGAAAGUGGCGAUUAUGUGGGAGCUGAUAAAACAUUAGUAGGCCAGAUGAAAGGUGGCAUUCGUGAUAUAGUAGUUGAAACUGAUUCUGAGGAUGAGUCUGACGAAGAAAUGGAGAAUCCCAAACCCCAAGUACAAAAGAAAAGCAACAGUAUGUUUUCAAUGUUCAAGAGUUUGGUUGGUAACAAGUCUUUGAAACAUGAGGAUAUGGCUCCAGUUUUGGAAAAAUUAAAAGAUCACUUGAUUUCGAAAAACGUAGCAGCUGAUAUUGCUCAAAAAUUGUGCGAUUCUGUCGGUGUAAAGCUCGAGGGAAAAGUACUUGGUACGUUCGAUAGCGUGACUAGUACCGUCAAAGCCACGCUGACCGACGCAUUGGUGCAAAUACUGUCUCCAAAGAGACGUGUGGAUAUUCUGCGAGACGCAAUGGAAGCAAAAAAAAAUAACAGACCUUAUGUUAUGACUUUCUGCGGCGUAAAUGGGGUGGGAAAAUCCACAAAUCUAGCGAAAAUUUGUUUUUGGCUUAUAGAGAAUAAUUUUCGUGUGCUAAUUGCAGCGUGUGAUACAUUUAGAGCUGGUGCAGUUGAACAAUUGAGAACUCAUAUGCGCCACUUGAAUGCUCUUCAUCCGCCAGAGAAGCAUGAAAAUCAAUCUAUGGUUCAAUUGUAUGAAAAAGGUUAUGGGAAAGAUGCUGCUGGUAUUGCCAUGGAAGCGAUCCGUUUUGCUAAGGAUCUGAAAAUCGAUGUAGUUUUGGUGGAUACCGCGGGCAGAAUGCAAGAUAACGAACCAUUAAUGAGAGCCUUGACUAAGUUGAUCAAAGUAAACGAACCAGAUUUAGUACUCUUUGUUGGCGAAGCUCUUGUUGGAAACGAAGCUGUUGACCAAUUGGUAAAAUUUAAUCAAGCACUAGCCGAUCAUAGUCAAUCCACCAAUCCUCAUAUCAUUGAUGGCAUCGUGUUAACUAAAUUUGAUACAAUCGAUGAUAAGGUAGGCGCGGCAAUUUCUAUGACGUAUAUUACUGGACAACCCAUCGUUUUUGUUGGGACAGGGCAAACUUAUACUGAUUUGAAGUCAUUAAACGCAAAAGCCGUGGUACAUGCAUUAAUGAAGUAAUUGUUGAUUUGAAUAAUAAAAGACGAUAUUAAAAUUAUUAUAUAAAAAAAUUAAUUAAAAUUUCAAUGGAUUGUUAUCAAUUAUUUCGUGGAAUUAAUUAUCUCUAUUAUAAUAAUAAUUACAAUUAUAUACAAAAAGUUUAGCAAGAAUAAUAUAUUAUCGUGUUUAAAUACAUAUGUAUUAUUUUUGAUUAUCUUUCAUCGAUCUAUAUUGCUCUUAUGAUAAAUUUUUUAAUACGCUAGCGUUUAAACGACUCGGUAAAUACUGCUAUUCCUAGAAUCCCUCGAAUUCGUUAUAAAUGAUUUAUGAUAUAAAUUUAUGGUGUUUUCUAAGAAAUAUAAAUAACGUGAUUAAAAAAGGAAGAUGGAAUGCCAUACAUUCUUCGUAUGCUUCGCUUUUCUUUCAACAAUUAUUUUAUUUCGUAUGCUCUGUCUGUAAUAUUGAUUUUUCAGUUUCCUGCCACUUGUUGAAUACGUAGCAUAUAAAUUGACCGUUCCUCUUGCAAGAAUAUUGUUGCACCAGUGAAAAUGCGUCGUAUAUGUAAUGUUUAACAAAUUGUUUAAUAAAUUUUACAAGUUUUCCUAA